GUUACCGAUACGGAAACAGGCUCGGAGGUGCAAACUCUGGCUGUGUAGACAGAACAGGGGGUUUGAACUCGGGCUUAGUUAGGCCUUUCCUGGCUCUCCCAUACCAGCGGGCAGGGAGAGACUCGGCAAAGAGUUGCACUUGCCCCCGGCGAAAUCCCCAAAAGUCUGCAAAAACGUAUUCCCUGGUACCGCUUUCCGCUCUGCUGUGACCAGCCAAAAAUCCGAGACCGAAGUGGAAGUGUGCUGCGGCCCCGGGCGCGGGGCUGGGGACGGCCUCCUCCUUGGUGGACGAAUCGGAGGAGCGGGGCUUCCCCCAAAAACGCCCCAGCCCCAGCCCCAGCCCCACGUCCCCAGCUGACAGGGUGCGCACAGGGGGCGGGGCCUGGGGUUCCUGGACUGGGGAGGGCCGCGCGUGUCCUUGGGCAGAGAGGGGAGGUGACUACGGCCGAAGAGGACGACGCAGAAUGCUGGCCCCGCGGGUCUCCCAGGCGCUGAUCCGCUCCUUCAGCUCCACAGCCCGGAACCGCUUAAAGAAUCGAGUGCCCGAGAAACAGAAGCUCUUCCAGGAGGACAAUGGCAUCCCGUUGUACCUGAAGGGCGGCGCCGUUGACAACAUCCUGUACCGAGUGACCAUGGGGCUGUGUCUGGGCGGCACUGCCUACGGCUUGUACUGCCUUGGCUGGGCCUCCUUCCCCCGCAAUAAAUGAGACCAAGAAGCCUGGGGGUCUGAGGAACUUGGACAAGUGUCAAUAAACGCUGGUCUCU